AUGAAGUACGUUGUUGUUUCAGGUGGUGUUAUCUCAGGUAUUGGUAAGGGGGUUCUUGCCUCAUCCACUGGUAUGCUGUUGAAGACCUUCGGUCUCAAAGUGACCUCGAUUAAAAUCGAUCCAUAUAUGAACAUUGACGCAGGUACAAUGUCACCAUUGGAGCAUGGUGAGUGUUUUGUGUUGGAUGAUGGCGGUGAAACUGAUUUAGAUUUGGGUAACUAUGAACGUUAUCUGAAUGUGACGUUGACGAAAGAUCAUAAUAUAACUACAGGUAAAAUCUACUCCCAUGUCAUCGCAAGAGAAAGGAAAGGUGAUUACUUGGGUAAAACAGUCCAAAUUGUUCCUCAUUUGACUAAUGCAAUUCAGGAUUGGAUUGAGCGUGUUUCUCGUAUUCCAGUUGAUGACACGGGUUUAGAACCUGACGUUUGCAUAAUUGAACUUGGUGGUACCGUCGGUGAUAUUGAAAGUGCACCAUUUGUUGAAGCAUUAAGACAGUUUCAAUUCAGAGUUGGAAAGGAGAACUUUGCUUUGAUUCACGUUUCAUUGGUCCCAGUGAUUCAUGGCGAACAAAAAACGAAGCCAACUCAAGCUGCAAUCAAAGACUUGAGACAGCUAGGAUUGACGCCUGAUAUGAUAGCAUGUAGGUGUAGCGAGGAAUUGGAAGAUCCAACCAUUUCGAAAAUCGCCAUGUUUUGCCAUGUGGGUCCUGAGCAAGUUGUUAACGUUUACGAUGUUAAGUCUACUUAUCACAUACCGUUAUUAUUAUUGGAACAAAAAAUGAUGAAUUAUUUAUUGAAAAGAUUACAAUUGGAUAACAUUACCUUAACUGCUGAAGAUAAACAAAGAGGUGAAGAAUUACUAGAAAAAUGGAAAUCGAUGACGGUUAAUAUUGAACAAUCUGAUAAAAUUGUUAAGAUUGCUCUGGUCGGUAAAUAUACAAAUCUGAAAGACUCAUAUCUGUCUGUUAUUAAAGCAUUAGAACAUUCGUCAAUGAAAUGUCGCACGCAAUUGGAAAUUCUUUGGGUUGAAGCCAGUGACCUGGAACCAGAUUCUCAAGAGACUGAUAAGACGAAAUUUCAUGACGCUUGGAAUAAAGUCAGCACUGCUGAUGGUAUCUUAGUUCCCGGUGGCUUCGGUAUUAGAGGUACUGAAGGUAUGGUCCUUGCCGCCAAAUGGGCACGGGAAAGCAAUGUACCAUACCUUGGUAUUUGCCUUGGUUUACAAAUUGCAACAAUUGAAUUUUCACGUAAUGUUCUCGGUAUUAAGAACGGUAAUAGCAGUGAAUUCUUACCGGAUCUACCAGAAAGCGAUCAAGUCGUGGUUUACAUGCCGGAGAUCGAUAAGGAUAAGAUGGGUGGUACAAUGAGAUUAGGUUUGAGACCAACGUAUUUCCAAGACGAUUGUGAUUGGAGUCAGAUCAAAAAAUUAUAUGGCAACAGAUCAUCUGUCGAAGAAAGGCACCGUCACCGUUACGAGAUAAACCCAGAAUUAGUUCCUCAGUUGGAGAAGGAAGGUUUGAUAUUCGUUGGAAAGGACGAGUCCGGCGAACGUUGCGAAAUAUUAGAAUUGAAGAAUCAUUCUUAUUUCGUAGCUACUCAGUACCAUCCAGAGUACACUUCCAAGGUUUUGGACCCAUCGAGUCCGUUCGUUGGUCUUGUCGCAGCGUCCGCUGGCGUACUGGACCGCUUGUACAAUGGAGAAUUCGAGUUCCACGGCAAGGCUGAUUUUUAG